UACUUUAAAAAAACAAAAUAGGAGGAAAAACGGAUCCAUUUCCUCUGUUCCUGAUGUGAAAUCUGAUUGGUUGGGGAGCUCUGUAUCCUGUAGGUCCCGGUAUAGCUAAAAUCUAAUUGGCUGGAGAGUGAAAUUUCAACCACCCACCAGCCAAUCCAGUCCUGGAGAGCUUGUACUGUGAUUUCAACUUUGUGAGCUGAACUUGUGGGGAGAAGAGACAUCAGGGUUGGGAGUGAGGACAGAAGUCCUGUGAGACUGCUGCUGCCCCAGAGGCUGUUCCUGGUUCCAGCGAUGGCGGCUGCAGGUCUGAGAGAGGAGCUGAGCUGCUCCAUCUGCCUGAUCCUUUAUACCGACCCAGUCACCCUGCCCUGUGGGCACAACUUCUGCCGGGGCUGCAUUGGGGCAGCAUGGGACUCCCAGGGGGGCUCUGGGGCUUAUUCCUGCCCUGAAUGCAGAGAGGAGUAUCCGGAGCGCCCCGCCCUGCCCAGGAACAGAACUCUGGGUAACAUAGCAGCGCGACUCCUCACUAUUGCCCCCGAGCCGGGGGAGAGCGGGACCCUCUGCACUUACUGUGUCCAUUCCCCUGUACCUGCCGCUAAAUCCUGUCUGCAUUGUGAGGCCUCUCUGUGUGAUACCCACCUGCUGGGGCACAGCCAGUCAGAGAAGCACAUCCUAACUGCCCCCACCCGCUCUUUUGGGGAGAGGAAAUGCCCCCGACAUGAUGAACUCCUGACUUACUACUGCCCCCAGGACUCGGCCUGUGUCUGUGCCCACUGCUGUCAGAUUGGGGGGCACCGGGGCCACAGGGUGGAGCUGCUGAGUGAGGCCUCUGAGAAGAAGAAGGAGACACUGAGGAAAGUUCUGGAGAAUCUGAGCCCAGAGAGAGAGGAGACUGAGGGGCAAAUCCAGAGGCUGCAGGAGCGCAGGAGGGAAGGGGCAGAAGCGGCAGCCGCUGAGACAGAGAGAGUCAUUGCCCUGUGUAGGGGCAUCAGGGAAGAGCUGGAAGCCCUAGAGAAGCGACUCCUGAGUGACAUCUCCAGGCAGAAAGAGGAGCUCUCACUCCCACUCACUGAGCUGAUCCAACAGCUGGAAAUAAAGAGGGACGAGCUGUCCAGGAAGAUCCGGCACAUUGAGGGGCUGCGCAACAUGGCAGCUCCACUCACUGUCCUACAGGAACAGGAAUCCCUUGCCUUCUGUGGGGCUGAGGGGGCAGGUACUGGGGGCAGAAAGAGAGAGGAUAUAAAAGUCCCGGCUGUACAGGAUCUGGAUGUGGUUCGGCUCUCAGAGAUAAUGAUCCAGAGCUUAGAGGGGCAAGUGAGUGAGAUAAAGAGAGGCUACUGCCCCCGGGAGAACCCAUUCCUGCUGCUGGAUGGGAACUCUGUGCAUAGAGAUCUAGAAAUUACAGAGAACAGUAAGAAAGCUCAGUACUCGGUGGGUAGGGAGGGCAGUUAUCAGACGUCAGAAAGCUUUAGGGAUCACCCCCAGGUACUAAGCACCAGGAGUUUCCCCUCGGGGCGACAUUACUGGGAUGUAGAUUGUAGUGAAUCAGGGAACUGCCGGGUGGGCGUGGCCUAUCCCAGUAUAGAGAGGGGGGGUAAUAAGUCCCAUAUUGGGAAUAAUAACAAGUCCUGGGUGCUGAGUCACAGGAAUUACAUUUGUCGGAGCAGAUAUGAAUGUUCAGCUUCUGUGGUACAUAGUGGAGAAGAAACCAGUUUAUCUUGCCCCCCCAACAGAUCUCAGCCAAUCAGGCAAAUCCGAGUGUUCCUGGACUAUGAGGCCGGUCGCCUGUCCUUCUAUGAUCUGAGUGAGCCAAUCAGGCACUUACACACCUUCACCGCCAAAUUCACGGAGCCCCUCCAUGCUGCAUUCUGGGUAAGGGAGGGCAGUGUGACCAUUAAUCAAUAAACUGCCCCACUGAAAGUACCAGGAACAUCAGUCAUUCCCAUCCUCUGUGUGUGACAAUCCAUUGGUACAGAUGUGGCUCCGCCCUCUGAAAAACUGCCCAACUGCCCCCGCCAUUGCCUUCAGUAGGAAGCAGCUGGCUCUGUCCAUCUGGGGUUCUUUAUUGGAGGCAAUAGGAGGUGGCAGGGGGCAUUUCUUUCAUUUGAUUACCAUGUUAUUCCCCAGCACAUAUAUAUUAUAUAUACAUUCCCUUACAUAAGUCACAAUCACUGGGGCAAAUAUUGGCCCCUCCCCCCCCAUGACUGUAUUUACUUACCUGAUACCCCAGGCCGGUGCUGCUAUCAGCAGAAAACUGCCCCAUUCUGGGGUGCCCUAGGGAAGCAAAGAAAGAUGAGCAGUUUUGGGUUAAUUUAUACUUAAAUGUUGAUUUUAUUGCUCAAUUUCCACUUAACCUGUCGGCGCAUUAUUUGCCGUUCACUGCAAUAAAGAGUUUUUUUUGCAACAAAAAAA